AAAAUUUUAAAAAUAAAACUACAUCGUCACGCCGCUCUACCACCACCUGUAAACUCCUUCCGCCGCAGCCGCCGCCCUGCUUGUUUAGAGUUCAGAGUUUUUAAAAGUCCCUCUUCGCUCACAUUCUGUCACUGUAUCGUCUCCUCUCCUCGCAUUUUCAUUUAUCAUUGCCGACGCUUCUUAACCUAUAGAAAUUGCUCCUUAGGCCCUUUCAACAAUGGCUUGGUGGUUAAAGAGGUAUGACCAAACUAUAACGCCUAACAUGGGCUUGGUGGUUAAAGAGGGUAUUUGUGGAAAACAAACCUCGCGCCUUUCAUUCUAUACCUUUUCCACUGUAAACAACCACACCCACUCACUUCAUUUUCAUCUCUUCUUACCAAGAGGAAUAGAGAAGGAGAGUGGUGAGCUUAGAAAUUGAGGGAUUUCAGAAGGAAGAAAAAGGAAGCACAUGGAAUCCAGGGAUUUCUUUUGACAACUUGAACUUUAUUAAGUCAAAAUUUCUACCAGGAAAUUGCUCUUGUAAUGGAUAUAAUCUCUCAGCUACAAGAACAAGUUAAUUCGAUUGCAAAUUUAGCUUUAAAUACCAUUGGGACAUUGCAAAGGGAUGCUCCUCCUAAUCGGCUCUCACCAAAUUACCCUGAACCACCUGCACAUCCCACGGAGGACGGGGCUAACUUUUCAGAAGAACCAAAGCUGAUGAGUGCUUCUUUGGUGAAGGCUGCUAAGCAGUUUGAUGUAUUGGUUGCAUCGCUUCCAAUAUCUGAGACAGGUGAAGAAGCACAAAUUAAGAGGAUUGCAGAACUUCAAGCUGAAAAUGAUGCAGUAGGCCAAGAACUUCAGAAGCAGUUGGAAGCUGCAGAGAUGGAAUUAAAUCAAGUUCAAGAAUUGUAUAGGCAAGCAACAGAUAAUUGUUUGAACUUGAAGAAACCAGAUGUCAAUUAGUUACUUGUGAUGUUGGCGAGUUCGGAGAAGAAUCAGAGACAUAAGCUUAUCUCAUCUCAAUUCAAAUCAGGCCUAUUGCUGGAAGAUUUUACUUUUAAGUUUUAACCAUAAAGUCAGUAUUCUGUAUUCUUUGAUAGAUUAUAAAUUGGUCAUGUCGCAUGUCAUUUGUAUAAAAACUUACUAUGGUUGGGUAUUUAACUAUUUAUCUUAACAUAUUCAGAAAAAACUAUUUAUCUUAACAUAUUCAGGAGGAUGAUUUCACAAAA